CAUUCCCAUUUUCAAAAUGGCGUUGGUGUACUGCAAGCGUACGUGAUUUCCUGCAAAGAUUCUGUGUUAAUUUGGUUGUAGAAUAUAAAAACAAUGGCCGGUUUUACAGAAAAUGCGCUAAUACGUAAAUUGCAAGAGUUGAAUUCGAGUCAGCAAAGUAUUCAGACUUUAUCUUUGUGGUUAAUUCAUCACAGGAAGCACCAUGCCGCUGUCGUAAAAACUUGGUACAAAGAAUUAUUAAAAGUUAAAGAUGGGAAGCAGUUGACAUUUAUGUAUCUAGCCAAUGAUGUUAUUCAAAAUAGUAAAAAGAAAGGUCCAGAAUAUGGCAAGGAGUUUGGAGAAGUUCUCGAAGGUGCUUUGAAGCAUAUGGCAAAGACUGGGAUUAAUACUAAGACAAAACAUUCUUUGCAUAGAAUAUUAAAUAUAUGGCAAGAGAGAGGUGUAUAUGAUGCUCAGAAAAUACAGGAAUUAAAAGUGGCUGUUGAUCCAAAUGACGCUGAACCUAAAAAGGUGAGCAAGAGGAAAUCUACUGACGUGGAACCAAAGGAUCCAGAGAAGAAGCCGAAAUUAGACUCUAAGAAAAAUGACAAGCGGGAGAGACGCCGUAGUGAGACAAAAGUAGAAGUAGAUGGACAGAUUGAGACACACACCACGCUGAGCCCAAAAACUCCGCCAGGAGACCCGCCAGAACCGGACGAGUUGAUUAAGGCCCUCCUUGAAUUAGAAUCAAGUGCUUCCAGCGACGAGGCAGUCCGCGAGCGCAUCGCCUCUCUUCCUCCAGAAGUCUCUGAAGUGCAAUUAUUGUCUAAGUUAGAAGAUAAAGAAUCGGCGCUCGCCCUCAGCGCCAUAGUCAAUUCAGCAGUAGAAUUACUGGCCGAAUACAACCUGAGGCUAACUGAGGAACUGGAAAAGAGGCGUAAGGUAGCGGCCAUGUUGAGGGACUUCGCGCAGGCGCAGAAGGACCUCGCCAAGCAGGCUGAGGCGCGGCUGGAGGAAUACAACAUAAAACUGCAAAAGAUCUACGCAGUGAAGACCGAAGUGAAGUCCCACAUAGAGAACCUACCCGACGUGUCUCGUCUCCCCGACGUGACCGGCGGCCUGGCGCCUCUACCCUCCGCGGGCGACCUGUUCAGCAUUUGAAACUCCGCUCAAAGAUGGCCGACACAUGUACUGUUGGAGUUGUGGAAGAAAAUGCUUAGGUGACAUGAGUAAAUUUAUAAAUAAGCGAAAUUCUGGUCGAAAAUGUCUUUGAAAUGCAAUAUCGGCUAUACAUUCUAACUUUCAUGUUACAUUAGAUAAAAUAGUCAUUCUUAGGACUUACUGAACUUGUCCGGUUGCUCAACGGGGGCGCCCUAGGAAGAUAUAACCAAACGGAGUAGCCAUUAAUAGGCAUUCCCCUCUGUCGAAAAUAGUCUGCCAAUGGUCAUACACAAUGUAUGGACUGACGUUUAUCUGACAUGGCUAUUUUGACGUUACGUAGGUAUACAUAUGACGUUCCCCUCCCCCGCAAAAAUUGGCAGACUUUGUAUAGGAAAUUAACAGACGUGGCGGCUCCAUUGGGUUAUAUCCUCCUAGGGGGCGCCACUCAUGUACUUAUGUAGUCAGAGGACUUACCGCGAACCAUUUCGUCGUUUCAUUCGCCUAUUUGCCUGUCUAUCACUUGAAUAUACAAGAGCAAUACGAACUUUCGAUUUUCGCCCUCAUUUAUAAUGUCACUUUCGGUACCGGUAUUUGUAUCUCGUGUCGCCCGAUGUGACCGGCGGCCUGGCGCCUUUACCCUCUGCGGGCGACCUAAGGGCCUACCGAGAACACCGUAGUAGCAUCACCGUAAUUAGAGUGACAGGGAAAGAUUCCCGCAAUGAGGGCUAACGCGUAUGAAUUCGCCGCUAGGGGCGCUAGUGUAGAUGGUGGUCUUUUCCAUAGUUCGAAAUGUCAAAUGUCACUUGUCACUUCAAUGACUGACAGCUGUUCUUUAGUCUUUUGGACCACCAUCAACAGAGGCGCCAACUGGUGAGCAAAAAAACGAUAGCCCUCAUUUGCGAACUUCAAAGGUGGCCGACACAUGUGCUCUUGGAGUUGUGGAGAAAAAUGCUUAGGUGACAUGAAUAGGAGGUUUUCCAGUUAUUUGCGAAAUUCUGGUAAAAAUCAGGGAUGUUGCGGAUGCGGAUUUUUAAAGGCUCACAUCCGCGAAUGCGGAUGCGGAUGUCGAGAUUAGGCACAUAAAAAACGUCAAAUACACUUUAGUAAUUGUUAUUUUAAAAAAACGAAACAGUAUUUGAACAAGAAUAGGUGCCCCACAAUCGCAUUACUAUACUAAAGUCCAAAUAAAACAAACUUUUCACUUCUUGUCACUGUCCGUCAUAGGCUAAAGUGCUCGAUCGACGAAUCGCAAAAACGAAACGAGGUUCUUAUUGGCUAAUGACGAAAUUACCUAGCACUUACGCUGCCGCUAAGACGUUCCUGUACCUACCUGUUCCACAUCCGCAUUAAGCUCCGCAUCGAUGUUAUGCGGAUGCGGAUGCUGAUGUUGAAAAUAAUGCGGAAGUUCCGCGUAUGCGGAUGCGAAUAUUCGCAACAUCCCUGGUCAAAAUUAUCCUCUUUGAACGUCAUGCCUGUCGUGUGUGGCGCGUCAUCGCGUGAACCUUGUCGAAAUGCAUAAAGGUUGAAGGCGUCAGUUGAUGUCUUUGGCGGUCAGAGGAUCAAGCAUGGGUUUUAAUGUAAGUGCAGGGUGCCUAGCCAAGAUGCCAAUCGUUUGCGCUACGACAACGCAACGCUUUCUGUCUCUCUAUCACUCUUACAUAUUAGUGCGAUAGAUAGACAGAAAGCGUUUCGUUGAUGUAGCGCACACGAUUGGCAUCUUGGCUAGGCACCCAGGUAUAGCUCAAUAUCUUUGAUCUACGAACGUAGUUAGGCUCAGAUCUACGUAACAGUUAAAAAGAGCAGAUAUGCGUGUAUUAUUUUAUAAUAGAUAAUGCUUGAAGCAGACAUUUUUGAUCAGAAUUAAAGAUAAAUGCAAAAUCUGGCUGUAAAAUAACUUCUACCAAUCAUCCUUAGUAUAGACAUGUUCCUCAAAAAAAGUUGCCUCAAUGUAUAGUUCGUUCUUUUUAGCUUUAGAAAAAAGGUAAACAAUCUUGAUGUGUCUUUUUAUUGAAAAAUAUUGAAAAACGCUUUAAAAAAAUAGUUUAUAUUACUUAUGAAAGCAAAAGAAUGUAAAAGAUCGUAUAUGAUUUAUAUUGUAACAUGUUUGCUGUGACUUAUUUUUCAAAAGUGUAUUUAAAGUGUGUGUACCAUCUUUCUAAUGCGAAAAAAAAACGAACUAUAUCUUUUUACAAUAUUAAAAAUAUUGUAUGGUUCUCAAAUCCUUGACUCACUCCUAUUGCAUAAAAUGCAUACCAUAUUUUUAUAGAUUAGCUUGUAAGAUGAUGUAGAUUUUGUUUUGCCGUAUUUUCUUUAUUUAAUUUACUGGACGAU